AUGCCUCUCACAAUAAUCCGCACCGUCCCGGACGCCGCCAAAUACACCCCUCUCACCACACACCAAUCCGCAACCCCGGCCUCGUUCACCACCCCCGUCCUCCACUUCCGCAACGAAUCCACCACCCUCGUCCUCGCCGCCGCGCAGGCCUCCCUUCUCCCCAUCUUCGGCGACCACAAAGAUGCUCCGGAAUCCGAAGUCAUCGUGCCCGGCAUCGACAUCUGGGUCACCUCCGAGAACCUAAUCCUCUACAAUCCCUCCCUCACCGUCGGCGUCGAGCUCCCCUACACCUCCGUCACCCUGCACGCCAUCCAACGGAUCCCUCACGGAAAAGGCAUCUACAUGCAGCUGGCGCUCUCCCCUUCCGCCGCCCAGACAUCCAACAACGAGGCCUUCGACGACGACGACAUGCUAGAGCUGACCGCGCUUCCCGGCGACGGUGAAAGCGAGGACACAACCGUCGACGCGUUCUUUAAGGGGCUGAGCGACUGCGCGAACCUCAACCCGGACCCGGACGCGAGCGGGAGCGACGACGAGGGCAUGGACGGGCAGGUUAUGUUUGAAGGGGGCGCUGGGGCCACGCUGGAGGGUUUCCCGGGAGAGGGCGGCUGGAUCACGGCGGAGAAUGUGGACCAGUUUCGGUUUGAGGAUGUGGAGGGGGGGAGGGCGAGAGCGAGAGCGGGGGGUUUAGGAUUCUGGGCCCAGGCGCGGGGACGGGGUGGUUGGGUGGUGGGGGGAUAUCUGUAUCGUAUUAGUGGUGUGAUUGAGAUUUUGCGUCGUGAUUUGACCUGA